AGGGAGGAAUAUAUUUCUCCGGAGUACAAAUAUCGAUUGCCUUGUCUGGGGCGUAUUGUGUGCGUUCGGAAACUCAGUUCGCCUUUCAUGAACUCACGUGUCGCCGCGUAACUGUAGACUGUUCAUAUGUCGACGCACAGCCAGUACACGCACUGCAUUUCGCGUUGUACCCAGCAGUCGUGCGUUGUCCUAUGCUUGUGUGUGUUCUGCUAUGGCGGCGUCACAAUUCGCAGAUGACUUAGUCCGGGAUUAUUUGCGCUAUCGUGGUUUUUUUGCAUCCCUUAAAGCAUUUGACUCCGAAGUGAAGGCAGACAAAGACAAAGGUUUCCGACCUGAUCGCGUAGUGGAACACUUGAGCGCCUGCAUAGAAUCCAUGGACUUGGUAGGUCUGCGAGACACCUGGAGCCACUUAGACAGCCACAUUUUUCGACGACUUGAGCAGUCUUUUAUUCCCACUGUGCGGAAGUUGGAGAUGGCCCUGCUGCGCAUGUAUGUUGUUGCAUGUGUCACCAACAGCCGGCAAGACAAGCUUACGGAGUUCUUCGAUAAAAUGGCUCCUGAAUUACAUUUCCAGGCUGAAUGGAAAGAGUGGUUUGCACUCCCAUUUUUGAAGUGUGUGGAAGACAACCCAAAUUUUCAAGUCUACUUCACGCGCCAGUGGCAAGAAAUGAUGAUAAUCUCCUUAAGAAACUUCCUGAGUGUUGUAUAUCAAAGCAUGGCAUUGCCAACACUCCUGAGCUAUGAUGAAGACAUGAACAAGAUGCAGUUCUUGCAAGAAGAAAAUGAAUCUCUAAAGCAACAGCUGGCAGCUGGCAGGCCUGAAGUGUGCGAGACAGCAGAUGUUCUUGUUGCUCCUGAAGAGCCCAUGGAUGAUUUUUAUGUGAUAGCACAGGAGACUCCAGCUGCGGAGGGGGGCAGAAGAAUUUUACCAGCACUUAUGCGGACAUUUGGCAACAUUCAAACUUCACCUGUGACUGGUCGCAAACUGCAAGCAGACCAAAAGAAACAGACAUCAGAAGAGCAAAACAAAACAAAACGACCCCCAGCCAAUAGCACUUCUGAAAGCCAAACAUUGCCCCAAGACACCUCGACAGCAUCUUCUUUACAACUGAAGGAUGUAACAUUAGGUCGGCUUGCAGAGAAGCUGGAACGAGCAACUACGUCAACUUUUUUCUUGAAGAGCUCUUCUGGUGAGGAGGACAAGUUGCUCUUGCUCAAUCAAGAGGAGUACAGUGAACACCAGUCAUGCAUCACCCAUUGCAAGUUCAGCAAUUCAGGCACCCUGGCCAGUGCCGACACAGCCGGUGUGAUAAAGGUCUGGAGUUCCAACCCAUCUCCAAGAACGCUGGCCACUAUUGUGUCGUCCAAGUCUAGUGUGACAGCCCUGGAGUGGGUGCACAAGCACGAUCACUUGUUGGUUUAUGGGCUCAAGCAGGGAAACCUGCGGUUGUAUGACAUCAAGGAACGGAGAGCGCUUUUUGAUAUUGUGCCUGAGUCUGCGUCUGUUCUUAAAGAGCACAGUGUUGCUUGCCUAGCGUGCAGUCCAGUAGAGCCAGUCAUGGUGAGUUCACUUCACUCAGAGCCCUCCUUGGCAACAACUGCACCAGCUCCGGGGAAGCUGCUUCUGUGGGACUUGAAAAGCAAGCAGCUCCAGGGGCACCUUAAAUGCAGCUCAUCAGUGAAUUGCUGUGUAUUCAGCCACAAUGGCCAACUGCUAUUAUGUGGGACAUCAGGAGGCAACAUAUGUCUUUUUGAUGUGAGAACUCAUGAAUGCAUUACAAAUUGGGUAGCCCAUGAGUCUGAAGUCUUUUCAGUGCAGUUCAGCAGGGAUGAAGCCACAUGCUUCUCAAUAGGAGCUGGGGGCACUCUGAGCCAGUGGAAUGUGUACAAGACAGGCCAGAAAGUAGCUGACUUUCCUCUCCAUGCUGGCUGUAUGGGACCAUCAGGAUUCCGGCCUGUAGGGAAACUUUUUUCACUAGGUGCCGACAGUGAGCAUAUCUUAACAUGCGCACCCACUUCCGGAAUUGUAUACAAGGAAGAAAAUGGCAGCUUUACUAAUGUCCUUUCUGUCGGCGACCAUAAGAGUCAUGUUGUUACUGUGGAUUGGUCACCAGCUGUGGACUGCAGCACUUGUGCUACUGCAUCAGUUGAUGGCUCCAUUUCCAUUGCAACACUCUUCAGCCAUGUCUGACAGCAAGUACUGUAGCUGCUAAACCUUAGCCUUGAACAAUGCUGCAUAGGAAAUGCCCUGGCAUACAUGGCAGCAGCUGGAGUGCUAUGUAAGUUGUUAUGUAAGAUGUGGUGCGACCUUUCACUGACACUGCUGCCGUCCUCUGACUUGAGGUGUGCGGUCAGCUACUUACUCCAGACUUUUACUAAAAAGUGACGUUGAACUCUGCAAUGCUCACUUUGUGAUUCAGUAGGCAAUAUUGCCAAGUGUACAGCAUUGGUGUGCUGUUUACCUGUAUAAACUCUUCUGUAUAAAGAUAGUUUGCUAAAUACUGCGUUAGUGUGCUUUGAUCUAUAACAUGAGCUGCUCCUCUUAUUACUGUAAAAUUCCACAUGUAAUACGAGGUUGUUUUCCAGGUUUUGGUGUGUCAAAUUGGUGUUUUGUGUGAUAUUCAGGCACAACAUUAUUUGGAACUUCAAAGGAGUACUGACAGAAAUAUUUUGUAUCUUGCUUUUUCUGCUUUAAUAGAUAGCUACUGACUCCAUAACAACAGUAUGGUGCCAGAAUUCCUUGAAUGUGCAACAAAUCAUUAAUGAUAUUGUCUUUUAUUGUGACCAGUUCAAAAUGUUUGCCAAAAUCAGCACAGCUUCGUUGCGUAUGGUGUGCCAACGAAGAACUCUCAGUCAUUUAACAAAAUCUGAGGUAGCGUUCAUGCGGUAUCACAAACCACUCAUCCACAUGUCAGUCAGCCUAGUGCAGUGGGAACAGCUCCCGCAGUGGUCGCAAGCCACACAAGGGCUGUGUUGCAGAAAGCUGGGCGUGUACUGCACAACCAGUCUUUCACUCUCUGCAUUCAACAUGCGGUAAGCUUAGUCCUCUGCUGUCGCUUCUCUCAGAAUGCGCCACGCCUUUCCCGCCUCCUCUUUCUCUAUGGCCUCAUCUCUUGGCAAGAUGAUUGUGGUGCAGUGGUGACCACUGCACUGACUUGUAUGACAUGAUAUCAUGUGACCACAAUCCUGAUUUUAAUAUUUUUGCGAUGUUUUGAGGAUCUCUGGUCAACAGCCUGCUGUUUGCAUAUAUUUCUUGCAGUUUUCAAAUUUGUUGCAUGAAAAUACUACAUAAUUUCAUGGUUUGUUGUGUGUUCAAGAAAUUGAGGCCUCACAUAGGCGUUGCAGUGUUGGCAGUUAUCUAAUAAAGCAAAAAAACUAGACAAAAUUUUGUGUCAGUACUCUUUCAAUAGUUUGUGGCCAUACAUGAUCAAAAACAGAGUGAUGGUAUUCAACAUGAUUGAAGUUCUACCCACUUUACAGCCACCAAAUUUUUUCUUGUAUUUUGUUUGGAUUCAUUGCCAGGUUAAAGUAAAAUGAAUCUAAUCUGUUUUUAUUCCAAAUCUGCCAUGAGUCCUCUAUAAUAGGUCAAGACUGGCUCGGGCCCCGCCCAUAUAAGCUAGUCGUAGGUUUAGAAUAGAUUGAAAUAGUGUUGUGUUAUCUUGGCCCAUGUUAUGUACAGGCUUUUAUGGAAUAUCUUUUCCAUGUGUUUGCUUAGAUGGGUGUUUAAGCCUCCCCAGUUGCACCAUUUUGUUAAUUUUCUGUUUACUGGCAAAUCUUUUUGCCGAAGUUCAUUGGCAAAAUUAGCAUUUUACUUCCCGUUUACUUAUACAUUUAAUAAUUCAGUCAUUCAUCACAAUAGCCUCCUACAAAGGCAAUGACAGGUGGACUGGAAGUUUGUUUACGCCUCCUGCUCACAUUAUCAACAAGAAUUGCUAAGUGGUGCCAAAAGGGAUUGUAUUAAAUAACACUUAGGUCAAGUACAAAAAAAUGUUGUAUGCAAGUUAUGUAAUGAAUUCUAACAUAUACUUAGAUAUUCUGGUAGCGUGUUCAUAUUUCACACAGGAAGAAAGUGUAAUAAAGCAUCUUGCUGUGAAA